AACAUGUCAUCCUCAGCGAAGACCCAAGCCUCAAAAGAGCUCGCUCCUGGCUCGGAGGAGAAGCCGCAGGACAAGGAACUGCUCUCCUGGGGUCCUCUCUCUGGUCAUCGGAGCGAGAAGAUCGUCUUCACCAGGAGCGAGGGCAGCCCGGACGAAAGCGUGCUGACCGUCACCAUCACAGAGACCACAGUCAUUGAGUCAGACCUGGGGGUGUGGAGCUCACGGGCGCUGCUGUACCUCACACUGUGGUUCUUCUUCAGCUUCUGCACGCUCUUCCUCAACAAGUACAUCCUGUCCCUGCUGGGAGGCGAGCCCAGCAUGCUAGGUGCUGUGCAGAUGCUGUCAACCACGUUCAUUGGCUGCGUUAAAAUCUUCAUUCCUUGCUGUUUAUAUCAGCACAAAGCCCGGCUCUCUUACCCUCCCAAUUUCAUCAUGACUAUGCUUUUUGUGGGGCUCAUGAGGUUUGCCACCGUGGUUUUGGGUUUGGUCAGCCUGAAGAAUGUGGCAGUUUCGUUUGCAGAAACUGUGAAGAGCUCCGCCCCCAUCUUCACUGUGAUCAUGUCUCGGAUGAUUCUGGGGGAGUACACAGGGCUGCUGGUCAACCUCUCGCUCAUUCCGGUCAUGGGAGGGCUGGCACUGUGCACGGCAACCGAGAUAAGCUUCAACAUCCUGGGGUUCUCGGCCGCGCUGUCUACCAACAUCAUGGACUGUUUGCAAAAUGUUUUUUCAAAAAAGCUCCUCAGCGGGGACAAAUACAGGUUCUCGGCCCCGGAGCUGCAGUUCUACACCAGCGCUGCUGCCAUGGCCAUGCUGAUCCCUGCCUGGGCCUUCUUCAUGGAUGUCCCAGUGAUUGGGAGGAGCGGGAAGAGCUUCAGCUACAGCCGGGACAUUGUGUUGCUGCUCCUGACAGAUGGAGUCUUGUUCCACCUCCAGAGCGUGACAGCUUAUGCCCUCAUGGGGAGGGUCUCCCCUGUGACCUUCAGCGUGGCCAGCGCCGUGAAGCACGCCUUGUCCAUCUGGCUGAGCAUCAUCGUGUUUGGGAACAGGAUCACCAGCCUGUCGGCUAUUGGCACCGUCCUGGUGACGCUUGGGGUCCUGUUCUACAACAAGGCCAAGCAGCACCAGCAGGAGGUCAUGCAGAGCCUGGCCGUGGCCACCAGCCGAACCCCAGAGGACGACGCAGAGCCUCUGAUGCCCAAGGACCCCAGACAGCACCCCUGAGCCCAGGCACUUCCAGACGCCCAGGGCCCCAGCCGCUGCCGUCCUCACUGGCAGGGAAUCCCUGGUGGUAGGUGU